UGAACCAAUAUCAGUAUGCCGAAUACGAAUCAUUUUCGAGGAUUUAGUGUCAAGUUGGCCUUGAUCUUUUGCUUCAAGCUGUCGAUUGCCACCUUUCCCAAAUGGCUCGAUCCUUCAUCAGAAGUGUCGUCAACAAGCAAUAGUUGGAAUGCGGUCUUAGAUCAUGUUCGUGGGCAGCCCGAAGGCUCGCAGCCACAAGCGGAUGUCCAUCACAUGAGGAUUGCGCAAACCACAUCGGGUGGAAUGGUCGAUAGAUCAAAAUUAACACACCUUGAUUUGAAUCAACAGUUUGUAGACGACGAAUGGUGGCAUGGCGAGCUACCCGGCCUCGACACUCACAAGAAACGUAAACGGGUUAUAAAAUCCGAAUUUCCUCACGGCCGGCCUCCGUCCCACGCCGGGUCAUCAGUAAUGAAUGGCCAUUCGGACCCACCCCCAGCGCAGAACGUCGUUGGGCAGCUUGCCUCACUUUCAAAAAAUUACCCCAUAGCUAAUCAGGUUGUGAAAUCGGAAUUUCCUCAGUUCAAUCCACCCCAGACGGUGUCACCAGUGAUCCAUGGUGAUUUGGGAGCACAACGCGCUGGGACCAUCUUUGGGCAGGUUGCCUCACUGGAGAACACACACCCAACAAGCUUUCCAAAUGUAAAUCUGGGAUAUGCUCGUGACCAUGUUGCUCCAGCCCAGUCCCAGUUUAGAGUGAGCGCCAGUUGCUCCAAUGCACAAGAGGCUGGGAAGGGCUUCAAUCAGAAAACGACUCCACUCUCAAAGCUAGUCCCCGGAUCUGUUCAAGCUGUAGAAUCUGGACCUUCUCGCUCCAAUGCUAUCGUUUAUCCUACCUUUGGAAAUAUGCCAUUUAUCAGUAGUCAUUCCAAGGGACAACCAUCUAAGGAAAGUACCAAUCAGGGAAAUGCUUUGCACGCGAACACGCAUCUCCCAAAUCCUGCAAAAAAUGAUGGAAAUGCAGUCGCAAACCAUCCUGUCAAGCUGGAACAUCCUGAAGCGGCACUAGAUCAGACCCAACCACCAGUGGGUGUCAGUCAAUCUCAUACACAGACUGCUAUGAAGGGAUUGGAUCAGGAGGAUUACUUUUACUCAAGCAAACAUUCCAGACUUGUUCAGGCUGCAGAAUCAGGACCCUCUUGCUCCAAUGAUAUUGUGUAUACCACCCCUUCUCAUAUGCCAGCAAUUGUUAAUCAUCUCAAUUCUCAACGAUAUAAGAAAGGGGUCAAUCAAGAAAACAAUUCAAACCCAAACAGAUACCUGCAAAAUUUAGCAGAAGUUUAUCAAAAUUCAGUGGUAAGGCAUCCUGUAAAACUGGAAUAUCCUGAGCUUGCUCCACACUAUCACCAGGCCCAGUUACCUGUGAUUGAAAGUUGCAGAGUCAGGAACUUCUCAUACCAGAAUCUCUACAGCUCAUGA